AUGGAAGUUACGGAGAAACGCAAAAAGCAUCUUUCAGGACGCACGGAUGACUCUUUUUCUGAGAUAUCGGAGUGGUGGAAAACAGCCGACAAGUAUCCAGCCUUACGAGAAGUGGCAAGGGAUGUGCUAUAUAUACCUGUCGGUGAAGUCAGCGUUGAGGGAGUGUUUAGCUCGGCUGUUGACGUCUUGGGUCUGCGUAGACACUCAAUGAAACACAACACUUCAAGGAUGUUGAUUAAUCUCCGUGCCACUUGGCCGAACGUGAAAGAAGGCAAAGAGGUAGACCCGCUUGACCCAGGCUCCAAAUAUUACGAGGACAUAGAAACAGACUUGAUCAAGGUGCUUCGGGAGAACGCACGAACAUGA